AUGGCGAAGAUCUAUCUUCGUUUCAAGUACCGGGGCCUGGUUACCGGUUUGUGCGGGGACUUCGAUGGGGAUGUAACAAACGAUAACAUAGUGGAUUUCGCCGAGUCGAUGCGCGUUGGAGGAGUGAUGUGUCCCGACGCAGCAGUGACCUCAGAGCUGGCGGCCAAGGACGGAGGUGCCCUCUGCGAUUUGGUGAGUGCUCUGUUAAUGUUAGAACAAAGAUCUACCAACCUUUAUUAG